UUUUGUAGACUGUGGGAGAUCUGCAGAAGCCAGCCGUAUUGUGCAAUGUAGCUUUUUGGUUGCAGAAGUUUGUUUGCUUUACAGCAGCUGCGAACAGUGUGGUGUUAACAUCUGUAAAACAGGACGAACACCAAGACAGGAAGCUAGUGCAAGAAGUGGACAAGUUGAAAAGAAACUUCUUUCCAUCUCUUUCCUUUUCCUCUUGCUUUGUGCUGCUGUUGGAGCCAGAAUGGGUCAACUGUGUGGACGAUGCAUGCAGCUGCUGCGGGACUUCAUGGCCUUUGUUCAGAGGAUGUCCUCCGACCUGAUAAAUGGCAUCAAGGAAUGCUUAACCCUGAUAAGCAAAUGCUUCUGCUUAAAACAAAACAGCUCUAAAGCCAGGCAGUUGUACAAACCCAUCCUGCAGCCUCAUGAGAAGGUGACAGCACAGGAGUUUCUGCAGCAUAUUGAAACAGGUUUUGAAAUGUCACCACUUGGAAAGGACCCUCUGGAAGCCUUGAGGACCUUAGCCUUUUCAGAAAACCCAGGUUUACAGCAGUCUGCUGCCCUCUAUUACUUGCAUAUGAGUCAGCACAUGAACAUCUCCCUGCCUGUGGAGCAUCUGGAACCCUUCUAUGCCUUACUACGGUCUGCUGACCUGGAAGUGCAGCAGAUGUCUUCUUUGUCCCUUGUCAACUUCUUGCUGGAAGGAAAUAUUGACAAAGAAUUAGUUGUCCAAAUGGGUUUACUUGAGCCAAUUCUGGAUCUGCUCGAGUCAGAGGAUGCCACUGUCCAGUGUAAUUCCUGUGCCUGCACCAUGACUUUGGCUGUUUCAGAGUCCAACCGAGAGGCUAUUGGUGCUGCUCGAGGAGUUACACCCCUGCUAUCUCUUGCCAAUUCCUGUGAUCCUAGAGUCCAACAAAACGCAGUUGGUGCUAUUCUCAACCUCACACAAUCAGAGAAAAUCCAACAGGUCCUAUGCAAGGAAGGAGCCCUACCAGUUCUUGCCUUGCUACUGGAAUCUCCUGACUCGGAAGUGCAGUAUUACAGCUGUGCUGCUCUAAGCAACGUGGCAGCCAACGUUCAGUACCAUGAAGCCAUGCUGAGACUCAGCAACAGAUUCCUGUUGCGGACACUCAUCUCUCUCCUGUCCUCUUCUGUGGACAAGGUUUCAAGCCAGGCAUGUGUUUGCCUACGGAAUUUGGCUACCAGUGUGGACAUCCAGGCCGAGAUGGUUGCUGAGGAUGUCCUGCCCAAGCUGCGUGCUCUCCUGGCUUCUGGCAGCGAGGAUGUGCGUCGUGCCUCCAUCGCUCUGCUCUGGAUACUGUCCCAGCACCCACACAACCAGGACACUCUGGCAUGUGCUGAGCUACUACAGAGCCUGGGGAUGCUACUACUGGCACAUAAAACAGACCCUGUGAUUGUAGGCCAUACUGCUUGUAUCAUCAAAAACCUGAGCCUUUCCAAAAACAAACAGAGAAUCAUUGAGAGCCCAUGUGUUGAAGGUCUUCUCCAGACCAUGCUUUCUACCAAGACUGAAGAAGACUCUCUUCAUUAUGUGACAUCUUGCCUUGCUGAGCUAGCAAAGCAAGGAGCCACGUUACACAUGGUCCAAUGGAUGGAUGAACCCUUGACAAAGUGCUUAGUGAGACUGGCUGGCCAGCUGGAACAUACCGAGCCAUCCUUUCAAGCUGCCUCCAUCAUCCAGCACAUGAUAGGUCACGAAAAAAUGAUGCUUUUAUUGAAGCAGCACAUCAGAGAGAUUCAGGCCUACCUCAAGAAUUUUCUUACCCAUCGAGAGAUCCGCUUUCAGCAGCUGGGCAUCUCCACAUUCUGCAGACUGCAAGAAGAUCCAGAAUUUUCGUUAAAAUUCAGAGAAAGCCAAAUGGCCAAACUCCUUGAGCAGCUCCGCCAACAAACAGAAGAAACUCAAGAGCUCCUUAGGGCAGCUAUUUGCCAUGAAGAUAGUUAAUAUUUAAGCCAGAUAGCUUAUGAAAACUAACCAAAGCCUUCAGAACUUUCAGAGAAGACAACUCUUUUCAUUGCUUCCUGUAGUUUAAGUUUUCCUGUAGUUUAAGUUUUCCUGCUACUUGCAAUUUCAUCAUACAAAGAGAUGUUCUGAUUACAAAAAUCCAAGCAGGUCAAAGGACAAUCCCUUGAACACUUUGGCUGGCUGCUGAAGUGUGCCUGUGAACUAUGGCUACAUUCCUUCCAAUGGGUUUGGAAAACACCCAUUGUGCUUGGGUAAUCUUCCAUGGUUUGGUUUUGGUUUCCUCACCCCCACCUCUAAAACAACAGCGCUGUAUUCAUGAGAUUUUAUUCAUGUAACAGGUGGAUUCUUCUAAAGAGGCAUCACUCACGUAUGCAGGUUACUCUGCAUUCAUCUUUAUUUUGUUUCUGUUCCAUGUCCUUUUAUCUCAGAGCACACUCCAGCGACUUGACUUUAGAAAAUAAUUGAAUUAACAUACAGUAUAAAGGUAGCAAACUACCAACAGGUUACUACAAACAGUAACUGCUGAAGGACAACUUAGAAAUUCAAAGAAAUUUAUAAGAAACAAGAAUAGGACAAGCCUUAGAGCUGAUCCUUACGUACGUUGUAGGCACUAAACUCCAGAACAGCAAAGGCACACUGAGGCGGGUCAGUGUUGCAUAGAGCAUGUUCAGAAUAUAGCAGCUACCAUUGAUUUGGGUGAGGUGUGUUUGAAUACAGAAAUCUGUGUUCUGCAAAUAGUAAAUUACUUCGAAAAGUACUUGCAACCAGGAAAAAGUGAACAUACUUGGCAAAAUUAGAAACUGAUCUCCAUCUUUCACCAAUACACUUCGUUUCAAAUACAAGAAUUCUCCUGGAGCUUCAUGUUGAACUGGCUGGAAUUCUGAAACUUUGGAACCACUCUUACAGCAAACAUCUGCUUCCAGAUAGCAUUUUCUUAUGAAAACAUUUCAGAAGUUUACUGACAGUUGUGGUUUAACCCCAGCCAGCAACUGAGCGCCACGCAGCCACUUGCUCACUCACUCCACCUCCAGUGGGAUGGGGGAGAGAAACAGGAUGGUAAAAGUGAGAAAACCCGUGGGUUGAGAUAGAGACAAUUUCACAAGUAAAGCAACAGUUGUGCACGCAAGCAAAGCAAAACAAAGAAUUCAUUCACCGUUUCCCAUGGUCAGGCAGGUGUUCAGCCAUCCCCAGGACAGCAGAGCUCCAUCAUGUGUAACGGUUACUUGGGGAGACAAACACCAUCACUCCGAACGUCCCCUUCUCUUCCUUCUUCUUCCGCCAGCUUUAUGCGCUGAGCAUGACAUUAUAUGGUAUGGAAUAUCCCUUGGGUCAUUUGGGGUCAGCUCUCUCAGCUGUGUCUCCUCCCAACUUCUUGUGCAUCACCACCCUCUUGCUGGUAGGGUGGGGCGAGAGGCAGAAAAGGAGUUGAGGCUGUGUAAGCACUGCUCAGCAAUAACGAAAACAUCCCUGUGUUAUCAGCACCAUUUCUAGCACAAACCCAAAACAUAGCCUCAUAGGAGCUACUAUGAAGAAAAUCAACUCUACCCCAGCCAAAACCAGCAUAAUGAUCUUGUGAGGUACUUCUGACCAUGGUAAAAGUUUUACAUGCAUGUAGAGCUUUAGAGCAGCUGCUACUGGCUACAAACAUGGAAUAAAAGUGAGAUUAGAAAUAAUAAAAUAUAAUUCUGUUAA